GCCGAAGCGAGCGCGGCACGGACUCAGUCCUCCAGCAAACUCCACCGAGGACUUGUUGAUCCUGUGCGAAACCUAUCCUAUCGAGUGGUAGCCGAUCCUGCCCCCGGCCGAGGUGCAAAGGCGUUCAUCCAGAGGUGAAUCAGGGCGCGAGAACGUGUUAGUGCCCGGAGAUUAGUACAUCUUCAACAAUAUGAAGGUAUGUGCGGCGAUAACGCUAGUGCUUGUAGCAAACACCGCUUACAUCGGUGUCGAGGCAUGGGGUGGCCUCUUCAACCGCUUUAGUCCUGAGAUGCUAUCUAACCUCGGCUAUGGUAGUCACGGAGGCUACAUAAAUCGUCCUGGGCUAUUACAGGAGGGAUAUAAUGGUAUAUACGGAGAAGGAGGCGAACCUACGGAAGAACCUUGCUAUGAAAGGAAAUGCGUGUACAAUGAUCAUUGUUGCCCAGGUUCCAUUUGCAUGAAUUUUAAUGGAGUUAUUGGAACAUGCGUUUCCGAUUUCGGCUUGAAACAAGGCGAGCUUUGCAGGCAAGAUAGUGAUUGCGAAACCGGCUUAAUGUGCUCCGAGAUGUCUGGACGAGAAACAAAAUCGUGUCAACCGCCAACUACUUCGAACAAGUUAUACAAUGAAGAGUGCACUAUGUCAAGUGAGUGUGACAUCAGUCGUGGACUAUGCUGUCAACUACAAAGGCGACAUCGGCAAACUCCUAGAAAGGUUUGCUCAUACUUCAAAGACCCUCUGGUCUGCAUCGGUCCGGUGGCGACGGAUCAGAUAAAAUCCGUGAUCCAGUACACCUCCGGCGAGAAACGGAUCACCGGACAGGGCCAACGUCUGUUCAAGCGGAUGCCGUUCGCCUAAACCCGUUCGUCGUACCUGGGCAACACGCGACGGAGGUGAGGUAUAUAAAAAUAAGAUAAGCUACCAAAAAAAGAAAAAAGAAAUCAAAUCCUUUAGUCGUUGUGAAGGUCUAAGUUUGUCGAUUCGACAUUGUCUCGAUUUCCUUCCUAUAGUCCCGACUAUCUCCUCCACGUCAACGAUACAUCGGGAAGUAUAGACGAUAGAAAUAUAAGAAAAUCAUACGGUAAAAAAUGAAACUAAAUGUUAUUCGGAAAGAUGUUACUUCGAGGUUGUUUCCUCUUCGAGUACAUAGCGCGACUGAAAACACCUAUAACACAUAUCAUAUAUAUCUAACCUGUCUCGUAGGUCUCUCUAAGAAUAAGAGACACGCUAGAAUAGUUGUGUUAAGAAAGAACCGCGCUGAUGAAUAAAAAGCGCCGUACGACGAAGAUGUUUCUUAAUGAUUUAGGGGGUAAAAUAUAUACAGAACGUUGGAGAAAAGCUCAUCUAUACCGGUCUACCGGUUGAGCUUUUCUUCCGGAUUGUAUUGUAGCAAGAGAUUAGUGGAUCACACUUAAUUGUUCGUGAUAUAAAUCAUACGUGGUUAUAGAGAUAAGUAUAAUAAACGAGAAUAAGAUGGCGAGGCGUGCACAAACGAAGAAGUGAAGAAUAAGAGUCCUUAAUAUCGUCGCAGUGUCAACAUUGAUAAUUUUAUUCUGUUUAAUCUACCAUAUUCUUUAUAGAAUAUCAAUCGAUGAAGGUUGUUAUGUUUCGAGAAAUUUAUUAUCUUCAACGACUGUUGAUACAACGAUGUUGUUGUAUCGCGAAAGAAAAUUUUCUCAAUUAUACGAGAAAUUUCAAUGUCGAUAUUGCGAACGAUAAUAUCAUUCAAAUUAUACGAUGCAACGCAAACAAGUCUGUACUUUUUAACUGUAUUUUUUAAUACGUUCAUAUUAGUUAUAUGACAUGUAUCGCAAAAUUAAAAAUUUAUUUCAGAAUAUAUUUCAAAAGUAAAUGAGACAUUAAUGGAAAUUAUUGUAUAACAAUUAUAGACAUUAUAUAUAACUUUAAAGUAGUUUCUCUAUAACAAAAAAAACAACUUUGUAUGCAAAAGCUAUUUCUAUACA